AAAAAUAAAUAAUUAGAAAACAUGGCAGCGCCCAUGCGAAUCUAAUUUUACUCCUCUCCUAUCUCCUUGGACCUGGCCUGGUGAGCGAACGCGAUCAAAUAACUCUAGUCUGGACUCUAGAUGUGUUUGAUUCAGUCACUUCAUUGCUGUUAACAAAGCUAUAGAAGAAUAAGCACCAUAUCUCGACGAUAAUUAAGGUACAAUGGCUAGUGCCGACCAGCAACCCACUUCAUGCACUUCUACAGGAGCUAGCACAGAGCCAGAGGGGCCAACCGUUGCAAGCCAGAUCCCUUUUGUACAGCUUUGUGGGUUCCUAGAGAGAGUCCAGAAGAAGAAGGGGAGCGAUGCAAAGAAACUACUCUUCAAGGAAUUCUUAGAAAAAUGGAGAGAAUUCCACAAAGCGAUGCAUGCCAAGAACCCAAACACGACAGAUAAUUUCUAUCCAGCAAUGCGACUACUGUUACCCCAACUUGAGAGAGAGAGAAUGGCUUAUGGCAUCAAAGAGCACACCCUAGCUAAAUUCUAUAUUGACAUCUUUGGUUUAGCCAAAGAAAGCACGGAUGCCAAGAAACUUCUAAACUACAGGGCUCCAACAGCUAAACAGGAAGCUGGAGACUUUGCUAGUGUUGCUUUCUUUGUCCUGCGUAAUAGAUGCCCAGAGAGAGGAAGCUUGACCAUUAAGGAUGUGAAUGACAGUCUUGACUCUAUCGCUCUCAACAAUGCUACCAAGAAGAAAGACCUGGUCAAGCAAAGUUUGUUGAACUUACUCAGGAAAACCAGCGCUAUAGAACAAAAGUGGUUCAUACGUAUGAUUAUGAAGGAAAUGAAAGUUGGUCUCAGUCAGCAGUCCAUUCUUGGAACCUUCCAUCCUGAUGCAGAAGACUUGUUCAAUGUUACCAACAGUCUCUCAAAGGUUUGCAGUGAUCUGUCUAGCCCGAGUGUGAGAUUGAAUGAGAUUGCCAUCAGUGUGUUCAGUCCUUUCAGUCCUAUGCUGGGUGAAAGAGCCAAAAUUACUGGGGUUGAGCGUAUGAUGGAGCACAAAGGUUUCCUGAUUGAAACCAAACUAGAUGGAGAGAGAAUGCAGCUUCAUAAAGAAGGAGACAAGUACAUGUAUUUCUCAAGAAGGUCACAUGACUAUUCUGGAUCCUUUGGCAAGAGCCCAAUGGAAGGGAGCUUGACACCAUACAUUGCAAACUGCUUCAAUAGAGAUGUUCAUUCCUGCAUAUUGGAUGGUGAGAUGUGUGCCUAUAAUUCAGAGACCAAAGCUUUCAUCUCAAAGGGAGAAAACUUUGACAUCAAAAGCCUGCGAGAUGAAGAAGAUGUUCAGGUGUGUUAUGCUGUGUUUGAUGUACUCCUUGUGAACAAUACCAAACUUGCAAACCGCCCCCUCAAGGAGAGACUCAACUACUUACCAAAAGUGUUCACUGUAAUUGAAGGAAGAAUGGUCUUGGUGGAGAGGAGAGAUGCAUCUACAAAGGCAGAGGUUGUAGAGGCAUUGAAUGAGGCUAUAGAUAAAAGAGAAGAAGGAAUCGUCGUUAAGCAUCCAGAGUCAACUUAUCGACCUGACAAGAGAAAAGGUAGUGGUUGGUUGAAGAUCAAACCCGAGUAUGUCGACAAUCUGAUGGAUGAGUUGGACCUUCUUAUAGUCGGAGGCUACUUUGGCAAAGGGUAUCGGUCGCAGCUCAUCUCACAUUUCCUCUGCGCACUAGCUGUUCCUCCAAGCAGGGAAGGAGACCAUCCCAAGAUCUUUUACUCCUUUUGUAAGGUCGGAUCGGGAUACACUUUACAGGAGCUCCUAGAUUUCAACCAGAAACUUGCCAAACACUGGAAGAAGUAUGACAAAGAGAACCCACCUAGAUGGUUACAGUGCACAAGGGAGAAACCAGAGCUCUAUGUGGAGCCCCAGCAUUCCUUCAUAGUUCAAGUCAAAGCUACCGAAAUCAACUCAUCUAAUGUGUACAGGACAGGAUGUACACUACGAUUCCCUCGUCUGGAGAAGGUUAGAGACGAUAAGGACUGGCACCAGUGUAUGACCACAGAAGAGAUGGAGAACAUGAGACAGCAAGCAGAGGGCAAGUUAACAGGAAGACACGUUAACGUGGAUGACGAUGAGAUCGUGACUACUAAGAGAAGAAAAGCAACAUCAAGAGCAGUAAUUCCGGUUGCUGUGCCAUCAAGGUUCAGAGCUGCAGACACUUCUAAUGUCAAACAGACGUCUGAAAUGCUGGAGGGACGAGAGCUCUGUAUCAUGAACAGUCCUGCAAGCCAUCCUAAGGAUCAGCUAGAGAAGAAGAUAGUAGAGUGUGGAGGCUUAGUGGUUCAGAACCCAGGUAUAGAUACAUACUGUGUGCUGGCGGACAAGGUUAACCUCAAGGUCAAGAACAUAUUCAGUGCCAAGAUAUAUGACGUUGUGAAGACUUCAUGGCUCAUUGAAAGCCUGGAUGCCGGUCGCUUAUUGCCAUGGUUACCAUCCCAUAUGCUGUUCACCUCUGCUAAGAUGACGGCUCAGUUUGCCUUGGACUAUGACUGUCAUGGAGACAGCUAUACACAGGACGUCAAUGAAGAGAAACUCAGGGAGGUCUUUGCAAAUGUGGAGAAGAAGAAGAGUAAGCAGCCAAUGACUGCUGAACAGAUAGCCGAGAUAGAGAUGGACUACUUUCCUCAAGACUCCCUCCUUGGUCUCUUUCGUCUGUGCCGUGUCUAUAUGGAUUCAUGCCUUGUCAUUGGGGAGGAGGACACACACAUCAAAGAUUGCUCUCUUGACCUGGUAUCCUUGGAGAUGAGGUUUCAUGGCGCCACCAUGUGUCCUAUGCUAGACAGGCAGGUCACUCACAUCAUCGUAGACAAAAGUGACCUUAGCAGAGUGAGAGAGUUCCGUCUACGAGGCCAGAAGCGAGCCUUGAAGCAGCACGUAGUCACCUCAGAAUGGGUCAGGGAUUGCAUCCAGAAAGAGAAAUUUCUCAGUGAAAGGCCCUAUGAAGCAGCAAUGUCUUGAGAUUUCUCCUUACAAAAAGUUGAAUACCCCCGGUAGAAAGAAAAGAAAUACAGAUUCAAUGCUGAAAGUGUUUUGAAUUAGUACUGUAAAUAUAUACAACGAUACUCCUGAAAUAGCCUAUCAUGUUUCUCAAUUUGACAGCUAGACAACUGAACAGUACCAGUUCUCUUGAUUCAUGUCAAAUUUGCCUCAACUCUAGUUUUAAAUGAAAGGGAUGUUAAACCCAAGGUUUGGUUGAAUAGUCUACAUUCAAAUUGAACCAUGCUCUCAUAACAUAAUGGAAGUAACCUUUGAAUGCCAUUAAUCCUAAACUUGUGCACAUUUUUGUUUGUAAUACAUGCCGAGUCAUUCAUGGAUACAUCUGAAUGAAGAAUCAUUUAAUUAUAAGAUACAUUAUCAACUAUCAUGCCAUUAUGAUAUAUUGAAAGCUGUCCUAGUGUUAGGGUUAUAGUUGCAAUUAUAUCAAUACUUUACUAAAAAUCCAUUCUGUAGCUGAAUACAAAUUAUGAAAUACAGUGAUUUUAUACUCGGGUGUUUUUUUAUAUAAAUGUUGUUUAAAUAUAUUUGUUAUGCAAAUGGGAAUAUUUAUUAGAUGCCAAUUUUGUGAAAUAAAGUACAAUCAGGAGAAUACUCUCUAUUUGGUAACAAUUUAUGAAAUAUUAUAAUGAUAAGAUUUAUUGCUAGAAACACUUCAUGUGACAUACAUGUAUAAAAAUGAUCCAACAUUUGCUCAUAUGACCAUUGCUCCAGGUUUUAUUUCGUCAAAUGUAUAGGGUUAGGGUUAGAGUUGCAAUUGUGUUUUAAUUUAGGUUUAGGUUUAGGAUUAGGACUAUGUUCAUUAUUUUGUUCAGAGUUAAAGGUUAUAUACCAUCAACUCAAACCUUGCAUUAUGUUAACAAUUAUGAAAGGUAAGGUUUUUUUUUAUUAUCAUGUACAUGUAUUCCUAGAUAUGUAACACACAUGCUUACUAUCAACUCAAACCUUAGAUAAAUACUUGGAACAAUCAUUUUGACUUUCAAGAAAGAUGAUUAAAGGUUAUUCUCGCUUGCUCUUUUCUCCUCUCUCUAUCUCACUCUCUGCCAGUGAGAAAAAUUAUGAUUUGAAAAGUAAGUCACUGUACUCUUAUAUUUUAGUCUUAUGUUGUAAGGUCAAGCACACUCAUGCAAGUAUGUUGUUAUUCAUUUUAUAUGUUUUCAGAAAUAAGGUUACAUCUUACAUGAAUUAAUGUCUGAUGAAUAUAAUUUAUUGUGUAUUUCAUUCCUAUCACUCAGUAUCUUAGUAUGACUUGUAAGAGUGGGCUGUCAUGGGGAAUUUAACACCAUUCUGGUGUUUACCCAUUAAAGUUGUUUAAUAAUCACCAGGAUUAGCUGUCAGUUUUAUGACCAACAUGCUCUAUGUAAUGCUCUACAUUUCUCCAGGGAGGUGAGACUUUAACUCACAUGCCCUGAUUUCUCCAUAUGAAAAAGUCAUUAUCUGAUAUUUGCAUCACUUGAAUACUCAAAGAGACGAGGGGAUAUUUCUUGACUGGCCUAUAAGUUUGCUGUGUGCAGAGUUGCACACCUUGUCUGGUGUCAGCGAAUUCUGUUCUUCUACACAUGAUAGCUGCCGACCUAUUCCCUUUAAACAAAUUAUGUCUUUCAAUGUGUAUUUUGUGUAUCAAUAAUCUUUCCUUGUAAAUUGUUUGCUUUACAUAUAAACUAUUAUGCCAUCAGUUGAAAGUAUAUGUGUGAAAUAGAUGUAUUUGUACAGGUCAUUUUUCCAAAUGUGCCAUAGUUUCUUCUUUUAUACAGGUUUUGUAGCAAUUAUUAAUGUAUAUACCACCUUGCCUUAAUUGUCUCUCAUUGUCGCGGAGUGUUUACUGUUUAUGACGAGAAUGAUUAUAAAAUAAUUUUUGAUCAGUAGACAUCAUGUGUUAGUACAUUGCAAAGCAAUAAAAUUGUGUUUUUCUAAGAAGC